CAGGCACGGGAUAUUGUUUAGAGGGAGACAUUCUGUCAUUUGCUCUUGACAAGUCGAAAUUUGCUGCUUGGGAUCCCGGUGAAAAACAUAUAGUAGUGGUGUUGUCAAGCAGCUCUCUAGAGUACAUAAACAAAGAAAAUGAAGGAGUCGGAAAAGGAUAACCAGACGAAUCCUGUAGCAGGAAUCGAGGGCUCGGAAAAUGUUUCCAGUUCAGAUCCAACAAAGGCUGCUCUAAAUCAAGCGUUUGCCCAAAUGGAUAUUCGGCCAAAGGAAUCGUGCCUUGAGGACACGGAUAGUGGAACAGAUAACGAUGAGGAUUACAUGAAACGACAAACGCUGAAAAUGUGGAUAAAUCGAUUGUUUCGCAUCAAAAUGACUGAUGGCCGAAUACUGAGUGGUUAUUUCGUGUGUACCGAUGCCGAUGCCAACGUUGUGCUGCAGGCCACGAGCGAAUUCACCGAAAUAGGAGGAGAAGAACGAAUCCUUGGACUGGUAAUGAUACCUGGUCGGUACAUAGUGUCGAUAGAAGAACGCAAUCCCAGAUUUACGUGGUAACAAACAAAUACAUGAUUGUUUUAUUUUCUACACAUCCACUAA